AUGAUGCGACCAGGGCCGAGUAUCGUCAGGGGCCUCCGGGCGUACUCCAUCCUCAAGGACCUCCCUAAAGUGGCUCCUGUGAGUGGUCAGGAUGCGGGGAAAAAGCCCGCUAAUCGGUUUGCCGAUAUGUUCAACAAGAAGCCCGGUCCCAAGCCUAAUGGCGGCGCUGGAAAUGGAAAGCCCAAGAACCGGGGGCAAAAUAACCAUAAUAACCAGCAUAAAAAGCCCAACCAACCGACAAAUGAAGCUAAGCCUAAGCUGGCAGCUGAAGUGGAGCGGGAACGGGCGGAAAAGUACGCGGCGAUGAAGGAAAAGAUGAAGGCGAAAGUGGCGCCUACCACCCCCAAACAGUCUGCCAAUAAGCAGCAAAAGUCUUCAAAAUCGAAUAAACUGACUGUGGAACCAGUGAAGCUUAAAUUGCCGCUGUUUAUCUCAGUUUCCAACCUCGCCAACGUGAUGCAAGUGCCGUUAAACGACGUGUUUGCCAAACUUGAAGGGCUUGGAUUUGAGAAGAUGCAUCACAAUUUUAUUCUCGAUAAGGAGAACGCGUCGUUGGUGGCUGACGAAUACAAUUUCGAGGUGAUUUUCUCAGAUAAGCUGAGUGACGAUUUAUUCCCGGCCCCCGUCAAUGAAAAGCUUUUAAAGCCGAGACCGCCAGUGGUGACGAUUAUGGGUCAUGUUGACCAUGGUAAGACGACAAUUUUGGACUUUUUACGGAAAACUCUGGUUAUUGACCAAGAGUUUGGUGGUAUCACUCAACACAUCGGGGCGUUUCUGGUGAUUACCCCUCAAUCGAAGAAGAAGAUUACGUUCCUCGAUACUCCCGGGCACGCUGCCUUCUUGAAGAUGCGUGAACGUGGGGCUAUUUGUACCGAUAUUGUCAUCUUGGUGGUGGCCGGUGAUGAUCUGGUAAUGCCGCAAACGGUAGAGGCCAUCAAGCACGCUAAGAAGCUGGGGGUUCCCAUUAUCGUCGCUGUAAACAAGUGUGAUAAGCCGGGGCUCAAGAUCCAAAAAGUGUUUGGUGAUUUAGCUCACCAUGGAAUUGACGUCGAAGACUACGGUGGUGACACUCAGUGUGUACAAGUGAGUGGUAAGACCGGGCUCAACAUGGAUAAGCUCGAAGAGGCAGUGGUGACGCUUGCUGAGAUGAGCGACUUACAAGCGGAACCGCUGGGAGUGCCUGCUGAAGGGUGGGUGAUUGAGCUGGAGAUCCAAAAGGGGUUCGGCGCUGUGGCCACGGUGUUAGUUCGUCGGGGUACGGUAAAGAACGGUGAUGUCAUGGUUGCUGGUAAAACUUACUGUAAAGUGAGAGGGAUGAAGGAUGAACACGGUAAGCCCGUUAAAGCUGCUGGACCGUCUACUCCUAUACAAAUGUGGGGGUGGAAAGAAGUACCAGAAAGUGGUGAAGCCAUCAUCCAGGCCAAAAACGAACUGACAGCGAAGAAAGUGAUUGCUUACCGGGAAACUCGUCACAAAGAGAUCCAAGCGUUACGGGAAAUUGAAGAGAUUAACUCUAAACGUCAACUGGAACUUGACCAAUUGAAAAAGCAGGAAAAGAUCAACCAGAUGAAGAUGGCGGGGCUCGACACUCUGGAGCUUGAACAGGAAACAGCCCUGACGGUUAAGACGUGCCACUACAUCGUCAAGGCGGAUGUGUUUGGGCUGGCGGAAGCCAUCAGGGAAUCAGUCGACGGUCUCGGUAACGACGAAGAGAUCACUGCUAAGGUGGUUCGUUGCGAAGCCGGGGCUCCCACCGAUCUGGAUAUCGAGCUUGCGAAGACUUUGGGCGCCACUAUCUUCACCUUUAACAUCGCUACUCCGAAACCCAUUGCCUUGCGGGCUGAACAGGACGGCGUCAAGAUCUCGGAGCACAAUAUCAUUUACCGGUUGAUUGAAGAAGUCACCGAAGAAUUGCAACUGCACUUGGCUCCCACCAUCGAAAUCAAGGUGCUGGCUCAAGCCUCAAUCAAGGGGGUGUUCGAACUUGGAGGUAAGAAUAAGAAGACGGUGAAGGUUGCUGGUUGUAAAGUGAAUAAGGGUGCCAUCAAACGGACACUGGAUGUGAGAGUGGUGCGUAAUGGUGACGUCAUUUACGAAGGCCACUUGUCGUCGUUGAAGCACGUCAAGGACGAUAUCGAGGAGGCGAAAAAGGGGAACGAGUGUGGGUUGUCGUUUAAGAACUGGGACGACUUCAAAGAAGGCGAUGUGGUCGAGGUAUACGAAAAGAUCGAGCAUAAACGGUACUUGUAA